AUGUUCAAUCGUCUUGUAUGCACUCUCCUUCCCUUUCUUAAACUCCUCGGCAAGCAAAGCACGCGAACCGAGAAAAGGCGACAUCUCGAUGUCAGCAAAGAACUGAGUGACCCGUUUCGUGGUCUUCCACGUCAUCGUCCACCCGCCGCAUCCCUGACGACCGCCUCCGCUCACUCCGACGUCUUGCACGCGAAGACAAAUGCGUUUGGCCCCACCAGCGAAGGAAACGGCCCGUGCGCAAGGUCACCAGCGAUCGGAGCAACAAGUGCGAAAGCUCUUUCGAGGAAGUGCCCGGGAAAAUAG